CUUGAAUGUUUCAGUGCCAGCUUCAUCUGGGAUGGCAGUUACUGGGACUGUAAGUCGGUCUGUUUUAUUACCAUGUUCCCUGAAUUCAUCCGCGACCAUUGACCCAAAAAGACUCCAGUUCUAUUGGCAAGAUAAGGACUCUAAGGUGCUCUACUCAUUUGACAAAGGUGAAGAGAACCGACACCAGGACAGCCAUUACAAAAAUAAGACUGAAGCCUUUAAGAUUGAGAUGAGUUCUGGGAAUCUGUCUAUCCAACUCAACAACUUAACGCUUCAAGACCAGAACACCUACCUUGUUUUCGCUACAAUGUUCAGCAACACUGACAAACCACUCCGAGAGUUCAUUAAAGUGUGUCACACCAGUCUGGAUGUGGCAGCCUGGUUCCCGACCCAGGAGUGGCACCCCCAGAUAAAGGUCACAUGCUCGAUCCAGGGUGGAUACCCCCAGCCAAAAGUCACAUGUUCUGUCCAGGGCGCAAACCCUGAGUCAGAGGUCACAUGUUCGGUCCAGAGCGUACACCCCAAACCAAAUGUCACGUGUUUGACCCGGGGUGGGUACCCACAAUCAAAGGUCACAUGGAUCAUCCAGGAUCAGUCGCAGCGUCAGGUCACCCUGGGACCCUGGGAAGUACAGACCAACAUUACACUUGACCCUGACGAUGGGAUGUACACAGCCUGUGGUCAAGUGCAUUUCCCAGAGAAUCAGACGAUGAUGUGCCAUAUCUUUAACCUCCUCCUGGGAGAGACCGCGAGCAACAAGACCCAGAUCAGUGUGGAGUCAUGGGUGAAGCUCCAGCAACCAGCGCCACCGAAACCAGUGGUGGUACAACAGGAAGAGAAGAGGAACAACCACUUACUACUGCCCCAACAAGCCAGCCCCCAGGCAGUCCUUGUGUUGAUGAAGAUGUCGCAACAGCGAAUGACGGCCAAGCCACCCCAUCCAAUCAGGAUGGAGCUACACCAGAUGAAGGAGCAGGAGAACCAAUGGCUGACACGAACGGCCCUGCUGAACACAGGGACUGACAGCGACAGGGCCCCAGUCCGCUUUGAUCAAGGGGCCAACAGCUGCGCUUCACUUUAUCCCCGCCGACCAGGCCUGGGCCGGGCCAAAGAGGCAGCAGGGGCCAGCCCGUAG